CCAUUCUUGGUGGUCCAAAUAUAAUGUAAUUAGGGUCAUUAGUUGCGAAGCUGAAUUUGAAUGACUGGAGUAGGUGUUCCCGGGUGCCUUAUUAUGCAAACGCAUUUUAUGGGCCAGUGGGGUGCAACUAGGUGGUUAGGGGCACGAAAAAAACAGGGUGUGGAGAAACAGAAUUAAAAUUCUAAGAGGCAGAAUGCCCGGCCAUUGUCAGUGUAAGGGCAUACCCCUUAAACCACGGAGAUAAGCGGUCCUUUUCAGUAACGCUGUACUACUGGACGGAGCUGGUACAACUCUAGUGGAGCACUCCAACUACGAACCCACCACCAUGGCUUUUACAGCCUUAUUUUGGAUUGCCUUAAUGUGUCUAUCUAUGACUACUCAUUUAAUUGGAGUACAGUGUGGCGCGGUUAAGGAGUUACUGUCAACGUCAUCCACUUUUCAGGAUGGACACAAGACUUUACACACAGAUAUCUUGAGACGGUGGCGACGGGAGAGCGAGGCGACACAGCGGCAACAUUGCGCACUGUUGGCAGUGCCUUGGAUGGAAACCAACGCGCUCCCGAUGGAUUUGGCACAGCAACAUCGUCUUCGGGUGCUUUCAAUGUCCCAAAGAGGUUUACGGCGUGCAGUCUAUCCAGAGCAACCGCUAUUCCGUUUUGUCAGACGGGUCUAUCGUUGCUGUCAAUUACAUUUCCAUUGCAGAGGCGUCAAGGGGAUUCAGGGUCGUAUCAGUGGAGAUACAGACAUGGAGUUCCUUCUCAGUCAGGAUGUUCUGUCAGUGACAGUAAUGAGAGCUGAGAUUCAUCUCUAUGUGUUGAAUCCUCAACACCUGAACAUUGAGCCUGUCCUUUCCUACAUGGCAAAACGCAAGCUUCCCACACGAUACAGUUUGCUGUCAAAGGAAAACGUUCUGGAGCUUCAAGUUGAUCUGCUGUUCCUAUUCCAAGGUCUUCAGGAGGCAGCUGGUGGUGCCAUAGGGGGGCCAAGCCUAGUUGGCAUGCGGAAAGUGGGGGAGCUUUCAAGUGGGGGCCCACGAGAAAGGCCGGGAUCACCAUGGUCUCUGCAGGAUACCAAUGUUGAUCUCUGGGGGAAGGGGGUGGGCCCCCUGCUGACCAAUGUGGAGUUAGGCCUUGCCCUGAACUGUGACAGGGGGGGAGUGGAGGUAUCUUGUGAGCACAAUGGAGUCCACCUAUUACACUCUCCAUUCAUUGCUUUCUCCUACAGAUAAAGAUGACACAAACCAGGAUUGUACACACUAUCACAUUUUACCUUGUGAUGCUCCAUAACCCCAUCUCCAUGUUGUCUCGAAUGUCCUCAAGUCUAUGAAGCUGCAUUUAUUUUUCUGAGGGCAACAACUUUUAUUACUGUUAUGUGAAGGCAGUGGAUGUGAUGUGUUCACUACCUAACAUUUUUUUUUUAAAUUGCAAAAUCUAUAUAUUUUUAAGAUGUUAUACCCCAAGGGGUUCUUUGCACUUCAGCAAAUGCUUGUAUAUAUUAAAUUAUCUAUGUUGCUGUGUUUUGUAUGAAAGAUAUUGAUUUGUAAAGAUGCAAAUAUUGUAUAUAAUCACAUAUGUUUAUUGGAAAUGUGUUUGUUUUUCCUUUAUUGAAACUGAAUCUUAUUAAAUUGGUGAAUCUC